GACGCUCCCUUUCUUUGGCAGUCGACAGAGAGACGGAAAGGGACCGACUCAAGCAGGCCAACUCCUGCCGAUCCAAACAUCCCCUAUCACUGGAGACAUUGCCCCUAGCGUUCCCAACCCGAGAAACACCUUCAGCUGACAGAUUGUCUGCUUGAACAGAGAUGCUGCAGUGUAUAUUUCUUCUCUCCGAUUCUGGGGAGGUAAUGCUAGAGAAGCAGCUAACUGGGCACAGAGUGGACAGAUCGAUUUGUGAUUGGUUUUGGAAUCAAGCUAUUUCUCAAGGUGAUUCCUUUAAGCAACAAUCGGUUAUUGCUUCACCAACGCAUUACCUGUUCCAAAUUGUUCGUGAGGGGAUCACUUUUUUAGCUUGUACCCAAGUUGAAAUGCCACCUUUGAUGGCCAUUGAGUUCCUUUGCAGAGUAGCUGAUGUUCUCUCAGAUUACCUUGAAGGGUUGAAUGAAGAUUUGAUAAAGGAUAACUUUGUCAUUGUGUAUGAGCUUUUGGAUGAGAUGAUAGACAACGGCUUCCCUCUGACCACAGAACCUAACAUACUGAGGGAGAUGAUAUCUCCGCCAAAUAUUGUUAGCAAAAUGCUGAGUGUUGUGACUGGUAACAGUUCAAAUGUGAGUGACACCCUGCCAGGUGCAACAUCAUCCUGUGUUCCAUGGAGAACAUCGGACAUAAAAUAUGCAAAUAAUGAAGUUUAUGUUGAUCUUGUUGAAGAGAUGGAUGCAAUUAUAAACAGGGAUGGGGUCUUGGUGAAGUGUGAAAUAUAUGGUGAAGUUCAAGUGAACUCCCACAUAACAGGUGUUCCCGAUUUGACUCUUUCAUUUACAAACCCAUCUAUACUGGAUGAUGUGAGAUUCCAUCCCUGUGUUCGGUUUCGACCUUGGGAGUCUCAUCAGAUCCUGUCAUUUGUGCCACCUGAUGGACAGUUUAAGCUCAUGAGUUACAGGGUUAAAAAGUUGAAAAGCAUACCGAUAUAUGUAAAGCCUCAACUUACAUCUGAUGCUGGGACAUGUCGUAUCAAUUUGAUGGUUGGAAUUAAAAAUGACCCUGGGAAGAUGAUUGACUCAAUAACUCUGCAGUUUCAACUGCCUCCUCCUAUUUUAUCAGCUGAUCUGACUUCGAAUCAUGGAGUAGUGAAUAUCCUAUCUAAUAAGAUUUGCUCGUGGUCAAUUGACCGAAUACCAAAAGAUAGAACUCCAUCAUUGUCUGGAACAUUGGCGGUUGAGACAGGAUUAGAGCGCCUUCAUGUAUUCCCCAUAUUUCAAGUGGGUUUUAGGAUUCAAGGUGUUGCCCUCUCAGGCCUGCAAAUUGAUAAACUGGAUCUGAAGGUUGUACCUAAUCGUCUUUAUAAAGGGUUCCGAGCUUUGACACGAGCUGGACUAUAUGAAGUUAGGUCAUAGUUGAAAUUUUGUAUCGAUUUAAACUUCCGAAUUGUUUGUUCUGCUUGUCAUGAAUAUUUUGUUUUCUUGUAUUACAUUAGGGACGCCAGUAGUGCUUUCAUCCAUGGAUAUUGUCAGAUUUCCAAUCUUGACUUGUACACAUUUUUAGGAUAAUUGGAAUUUGUAAUCGUGUUAUCA